UCUAGCUCAUUUAAAGGCAAGCCCAAGUAUCUUUGUCCUUGUGUUACCAAGCACUAGCAGGACCUGAGAACUGCCAGAUCAAUGCCUUCACAUUAUACAACCAAUAUGAGGUUUAAGUUUCCUAUACUAGCCAUUUGUUUGGAAAUAAUCAUCAUUAUUUUAUUUGGAGUUUUUGUGGGCUAUGAAACAAAUGAUGGUGGCUCUGGCCAUGGUCACUCAGGAAACAACAGCGUACCAGAUAAGUUUAUAACCCCAUAUCCCAUGUUCCAAGAUGUCCAUGUCAUGAUAUUUGUUGGUUUUGGUUUCCUAAUGACAUUCCUGAAGAGAUAUGGCUUUACCAGUGUUGGGAUCAACAUGCUUAUUGCUGCUUUGGGACUUCAGUGGGGCAUCCUCAUGCAAGGAUGGUGGCACUCACAUGGUCAUUCAAUUAAAAUGACUGUUCUCAGUAUGAUAAAUGCCGAUUUCAGCACAGCAACAGUUCUGAUCUCCUUCGGCGCAGUCUUAGGAAAAAUAAGUCCUGUGCAGAUGCUGAUCAUGACAAUUAUAGAGAUAACGAUAUUUGCAACAAACGAGCAUCUAGUAGCUGAAAUACUUAAGGCAAGUGAUAUUGGUGCAUCAAUGACUAUCCAUGCUUUCGGUGCAUAUUUUGGCCUUGCAGUAGCACGUGUCCUUUACCGUUCAGGACUUAGGAAUGGUCACGAUAAUGAAGGGUCUGUGUACCACUCUGACUUAUUUGCUAUGAUUGGUACUAUUUUCCUUUGGAUGUUCUGGCCAAGCUUUAAUUCUGCCAUUGCUGAUGCUGGAAUUAAUCAACAUAGAGCUAUUAUCAACACCUACCUCUCACUGGCUGCCUGUGUGCUCGUGGCUUUUGCUGUAUCAAGCCUUGUUCAAGAGAAAGGAAAAUUAGAUAUGGUUCACAUCCAGAAUGCUACUCUGGCAGGAGGGGUCGCAGUUGGUACAUGUGCUGACAUGAACAUCAGCCCUUAUGGUGCAAUGCUUAUUGGCUUUGUAGCUGCAUCUAUUUCUACAGUAGGAUUCAAGUUUUUGACACCAGUUCUAGCUUCAAAGAUGAAGAUUCAGGACACCUGUGGGGUACACAAUCUACAUGGACUACCAGGUCUUUUAGGAGGCAUUGCUGGAAUCAUUGCAACAAGCAUGGGGGCUAAGAAGGACUAUAGUCCUACAAUGCAGGCUGCUGCCCUGGCAUCUUCUGUUGGCGUUGCCCUCGUUGGAGGUACACUUACAGGUUUUCUUCUGAAAUUGCCUUUCUGGGGACAGCCACCUGACCAAAACUGCUAUGAUGACAGUAUUUACUGGGAGGUUCCUGAGGAAGAAGAGGCACACGGAGGUUCAGCACAUGGAGAUCAAAAUACUUUAAAGUCUGAUGCAUAAAUAAAGAAGGAGAACACAAGCUAACUACAAACCCCUUAUAUAACAUUUAUAAAAGUAUAUAAAUUAUGGUAUCUUCUGGUUCACUUGUUGAACUUUGUAAAAUACAAAUGUGAAAAUAAUUGAUUGUACAAGGAUCAAGAUUUUGCUUGUAAUAAUUUUCAUCCGCUUUAUGGAAAGAUAAUCCCGUGUAAACAUUUCAAGAAUAUGGAAAAGGAGAAAUAUCCCCUUCCUAAAACAGACAAAAAAUGCAUUUACAAAACACAUAUAGUUGUUGCUAUAUAUUUUUUAAUUUGUACUGUUUUUGAAUUGCCUAUUUUAUUCCAUUUUACAAUAAGUAAUUAUCAUUACUUAUAAAAUAGCCAUCUGACCUCAGACACACACGAGCGGGUACACACACACACACACACACACACACACACACACACACACACACACACACACACACACACACACACACAGCCACACAUCUACAGAACAUGGGAAAUUGCUACAUUCUAAAAUAAGACAGUAAUAUAUAAUUUGAAAGAUUUUCUAUAACCCUCCUUAGAAUAAUUAAAGCAAAUUUGUUAAAACGCUACUGCUUAUGAAAUAUUUUCCAGGAGUCUAGAAUAUAAUAAAUGUAGUACAAAGUGAAGGUAUAUACAGAAAAGAAAGUAAUUUCCCCAAAUAUCUUGCAGUCCUGAGCAAUAUGCUUCUAGUUUUCCAUUGUAUUACCAAAUAGAACUGAAUGUAUCAAAAGUCAGCAGAUCUAAUGUUUUCUGAAUCACUCAGCCAUAACAUACCAUUGUCUCCAUAGAAAUUUAUGAUGAGUUCUAAAUUACACUAACAAUGUAUAAGAUAUGAGUUAAAUACAGAAGCUGAAUACAGUAAUGCCCACCCUGAGGGGAGGUGGGCUUUUAUUAGAAACAUUAAUGAUCUAUAUUCAUAUUGUACAUCACUUGUGUAUCUGCUGGAUUUUCCCCAGAAGAUGAAUCUGUGUGCUGAGGAUGUCCCCUGCCCCCAUGAUGGCGCAACCUAGGACGUGGAAUGCAUACAUGAUAAGGUGUGGGGGGUGAGGGAAGGGGAAGUCUGCCCCUGUAAAAACAAAUUUUUGUUCUCAUUUUAAGAAUCAGAAUACUAUUCACAUUGCUGAGGAUACACUCAUUUGUGAUCAUGUUUUUGUGAGUUGACCAUAACUGAAUCAAUGUCUUGUCAGUGUGUUUUUUAACAAGUGCAAAAAAUCAGUUACUGCAUAAGACAUUCCAACAACAAUUUGUUUUCACUUCAUUAUAAAAAAAUAAGCAAAACAGAACCAGUGAUUUAAUCUAUAGCAUGAAAAAGUAAACAUGAUUUAUGAGCACAAACAAGCAAGUUCAUUUCAAACAUGCAUCAGAAAUAUUUUACAACAGCAUAGUCAGUAUAGCCUUGCAAGAUUGUAUGUCACGACGAUACAAGUGAACUUCCUCGAUUAGACUGCAAUACAGGGAAAUGCAAAUAGUAUUUUCAUGAACAUCACUGUUUAUUCCCUUUACAUGUUAUCACUGGUGGACAUUGUAGUUUUCUGGAAAAGUAUCUGCAAAUUUGUUUUGAUACAUGAAGCAGACUUCAUGAAUUAAAUGCAGGUGUACAACUGCAGGUAUAAUGAAGAAUAAUAUAGUCUGUGACAUUCUACUCUGAAUUAAUCUACAAACCAUCUUCUUCAUAAUGUGAACCUGAUGUGGCUGCAUACGGAUCAACCAUUGACUGGUCAUUCAUAACAUAUAUAUAUAUAUAUAUAUAUAUAUAUAUAUAUAUAUAUAUAUAUAUUGUUAUUUAAUUAAGCCUGCAGUUUUAUUUGAGACUAAAUGCUUGUGAACUCCAUUUUAAGAACAUGAGGUUUCUUGUUACACUGACCUGUUUAUUGUUUUAAUCAUUUGCUUUUAAUGUACAUUAUAUUUUUUAAAGUUAAUAUGACAGGCUGUUUUAAGGUAAAACAGCAUUUAAGAGUUAGACCAACUUUUAUCUGAUUUCAAAUGUAUGAAAUAUGCAUUCAUUUUUGCAAAAUGUUUCUUAAUAAAGUAAUUUCCCACAAA